AGGUAGCUAGCUAGCCCGAAGUUAUCAUCAAACUGAUAUCUCCUCAUCCGAUCCUCUUCUUGCUUCACCUGCUGCCCUCUGCUCCGGUCGAUCGCUUGCAUAUUGCAUAUUUGCAUGCAGAGCUGCCAUGGGAAUACCUUCUUUCUACAGGUGGCUCGUGAACAGAUACCCAAGCAUCGUCUCCCCGGCAAAGGAGAGCCGCCCUGCAGAUGGCAUCGUCGUCUACGACAACCUCUACCUCGACAUGAAUCAAAUCAUCCAUUAUUCCUUCCACCCGCAGGACCAGAUGAACGCCGGCACAGAUGUGUGCGCUCCGACGACGGUCAGCGAGGUUUUCGAGUCCAUGUUCGACUACCUGGACCGCUUGUUUCGCAUCGUCAGGCCGAGAAGGCUCCUCUACUUGGCAGUGGGUUCGUCGUAGAUGUACAGCAGAUGGAUCGUUGGAUCGAUUCUCUCGUCAAAUUACUUAAUGGGGUUGCUCCGUGCGCCAAAAUGAACGGAAUGCGAAGAGGACGACGUUUCGCCUGGGUAGCCAGAGCGAGUGAAGAGGAGGAAAUGCAGAAGAUAUCAGAAGGGGUCUCUGACCCCAAUGUCAUCACGCCAGGGACUGAAUUCAUGGAGAAGAUAUCGCAAGCGCUCACGUACUACAUCCGUGCCAGAUUGAAUAGCAGUGAUCCAGGGUGGAAACACAUCAUGGUAAUACUCUCUGAUGCAAAUGUUCCUGGAGAAGGAGAGCACAAGAUCAUGUCUUUCAUCCGUGCACAGCGCAGCAUGGAAGGCUAUGACCCCAACACACGACACUGCUUGUUUGGGCAUGAUGCGGAUUUGAUCAUGCUUGCUUUGGCAUCUCACGAAGUCCACUUCUCUAUUUUGCGUGAGGAUAAUUCCCAGCUAACAGAAGCGGAUCCAGAGAAACAAUAUCUGUUUUUGAACAUAUGGGUUCUGAGAGAGUACUUGGAGAUUGAAUUAAAGAUACUGGACCCAGUUUGUGAGCCUGAUAUUGAGAGGCUGAUUGAUGACUUCAUCUUCAUUUGUUUCUUGAUGGGAAACGAUUUCAUCCCCCACAUUCCGUCGCUUGAGAUGAAGGAGUAUGCACUUGAUCUUCUCAUCGAGGUAUACAAGACAACCUUCAACAAAAUGGGAGGGUAUAUUGUCAACAUAGAAAAGGUAAAAGAUAAACAUGCUGCAUAUCUGGAAGUCUCAAGGUUGGAAAUAUUUUUUCAUCAACUGUCCAUGUAUGAAGAGAAAAUUUUUCUAAAACGAUACGAACUGGAACAGGAAUCCCUGAAGAAGUCAUGUCGCGAUGUGUUGCGUGAAGCUUCAGAAAGUGAAAGAUUAGAGCUGAGCCGAAAACUAGAGGACCGCUUUUUUAAUGAAGAACGUCCAUAUGACAAACUAAGACUUGGAUUGCCAGGAUGGAAGUCCCGGUUCUACAGGGAAUAUUUCGGUAUCGAAACUUCUAAUGAAAUUGGAAAUCUUCAAAACGACAUGGCUCAGAAGUAUUUAGAAGGACUUUGUUGGAUGCUUCAAUACUAUCUUGCGGACGUACCAUCAUGGAGCUGGUACUACCCAUUCUAUGUUGCUCCUUUCGUAUCUGACCUCAAAAGUAAUUGUCGGUUCGAGAUAUCUUUCACCGUAGACAAACCACUGCGACCAUUUGAUCAGCUCAUGGCAGUUUUACCACUACGAAGUUCGUGUGCUCUCCCAGAAUGUUACAGAAAAGUAAUGGGCCGUAAAGAAUUUGACCAUCCGAAGUUGCAGGCUGACACAAUUGGAAAACGUUUCUUGUGGAAAAAAUUGUUUCAGUGUAUCUCUGAGGAAGAACUGCUUCAGGCCACCAAAGAGUUAGAUAAAGAGCUGUCGAUGCAUGAGAUGAGACGGAAUACUCCCCGGCAAGAGAAGAUCUUUCUGCAGAGGAACUCAAAUGCUCAGGCACUUGCCAAAGUUAUUGUGCAACUGCAAACAUCGUCAUGUUCGCCGGAGCAAAAGCUUCCAAUAGAUUCAGCUAUAAGUGGACUUGGAGGCUGGUUAUCGCCUGAUGGCUUGAGCAAUGGUUUCUUUUGCUCACCCCUACAAAAUCUGCAGGACAUCACGAAUGAUCAGGCAAUAUCAGCGAUGUUCUUCAACCCUGAGGCAGGGAAUCCAAUUCCAAGACUACUUAGCAAUGUCAAAGUACCUGACAAGCUCAUCAUCUUGGAAUUCAUGGGAUGCUGCAGACGGUUACGGAAGCUGACAUCUCAAGGAGGCUGCUCUGGCACACGUACCCGGGCUCGAGGCCGCCACCGCCCAUCGUUGAGAGGCCGGACACCAUCUGGAAGCCGAUCAGCAAGCCGUCGGCGCCACGGGAGGAGCACAAGAACGCCGGAACCGGGUGGAUGGGGCGGGGGAGAGGGAACGCCGCCCUUGCCGCCGCCGAGACGACGACGCAGCUCCUCACCGCCAGCAGCAGCAGCAGCAGCAGCUACGGGCAUGGGGCUGCAGGCAGCCGCACUGCCGCCGAGACGCAACGGAGCAGCAGCAGCAGCAGCUCCAGGAGAGGUUCCCGUCGUGCGGACAUGGUGGCGCCGCAAAGCCGCAACAGCAGGUUUGAUGACAGCGACGGCGGCGCAUACGGUUUCCGACCGCUUGGGAUUGGGAGUGCGCCGUGGACAGGAGACGGCAGCGGUGGCGGCCAUGGCCGCGGGAGAGCGCAGCCACGUGGUUGGUAGGACACUGGGCUCCCGGCUCCGGGAAUUAGAGAUGUACAGCCAUACUGAGAGACGCAGAGGGGUUUUCCAGCUAUCUUAAUAAGGCAGUGGCCUAGACGACUUAGGUGGUAUUUACGAUAUUUUUAAGAUGUACAGCUGUACCACCUCAAGACUUUGCAAAUGUUUCUAAAUCCAGUAUUCCAGGGGCCUCCCAAAUAUUUUGGCUGGCAAACAACUUGCCAAUUAACUAGGCAUUGUCCCGGGGUUAUAUUUUCCGGGUCUUCACCUUUUUCAUAGAAAAUAAUUUUUUUUGCUGGGAUGACCGAAGGAGGUCAUCCAAUGUCA